GGCAGCAGUGACGAGGUGGGGGUUCCAUCCACUGUCUCAGUUGUCGACAACCCAGCGACGGACUGUCCGAUCAGUGGGGCUGUGGCGGUUUCAUGUGUUUUGAACUCCGAUUGUCAUCCCAGCAUCACCGAUACUGUGGUGGGGGGUUUGUCGACACCAAUGGAGAGGGCUGAGGUGUCUUGCAAUCAGCCAUUAUUGGAUCGAAAUCAUUUUUCUCCUAUUUCUGAGUUGGUUUCGGAUUCUUUCGAAGAAGAGAUGCUGUUGUUGAAUUGGGUCAAUCCCACGGGGUCUUAUAAGGACGAGGAGGAUUGGCAGUUGAUGGAAUAUGUACCUUUGGCUCAAUGGGAUCCUAAUGGGGGUUUGGUGUUAAUGACUGAGGAAGAUGACCCAGUUGACAUCUCUGUGGAGGAUGAUUUGCAACCUUCGGCUUGGGUAAGUAAGAAGGUUAAGGGUCUCGGUAAGUGGGUGGGUUUCCCCAUAGAUUCCUGUGAGAGGCAGUGUGUUGAAUUUUUUCAACGACUUGAGAAAGUGUGGGAGAAACAAGCUACUGCAGGUAGUCUUCGUCGCACUGCUUCUUCCUCUACAAAAGGUAUGAGGGAAUUACAGAAUUUAAUUUCUACAGUUAAUUAUGAUGGGCAAGCUGAUAAACGAACCAGGGAGAUUGUGAAGUUCAGUGGGUUGGGCUCUGAUGGUUGUCCAUGAAUUUGAGACUUUUAUCUUGGAAUGUGAGAGGAUUUAACAACCCUCAUAAGAGGGAUACUGUGAAGAACUUACUCAAGGAAUGGAAGUGUGACGUUGUGUGUUUUCAGGAAACCAAACUGGACUGUACCAAUUCUGCUGCUGUGAAAAGUCUUUGGGGCAGCUCUUUUGUAGAUUGGGGGGCUUUAGAUGCCAUUCACACAGCAGGAGGUAUUCUUGUGAUCUAAGACACAAGGGUGUUUGAGAAAAUUGAUUGUGUGGUGGGUAGCUUUUCUGUUUUGGUCUUGUUGAAAGGGGUGGCAGAUGGUUUUGUUUGGAUAUGUACGGGAGUUUAUGGCCCAAAUGAUGCUGGGUUGAGGGAUGCUUUAUGGGCAGAGCUUGAUAGUGUGAGAGCGAGAUGGAGUUCAGCUUGGUGUGUUUUAGGUGAUUUCAACAUUAUUAGAUACCCGGCGCGUCUUGGUUGUAAUUCGUUUAGUCCAACCAUGUUCAAUUUUUCGGACUUUAUCGAGAGGAAUCUUUUGGUUGAUCUUCCUUUGGUCGGGGGGGAGUAUACGUGGUUUAGAGAUUUAGUGAACCC